UCUUUCAAUGGGCAUCACGGGACAGACCAUUUUAGUCUUUCAACUGAUCAGGCUUCUGAAUUUUUUAAAUCAUUUCAAGCCUGCAGAUCUAAGAUUCCAGAGUAUGCCUUUAAACCCUUUAAGUCUCAAAUUAUAGUAAUUACAGUUUUCGAUGAAAUAAUUUGUGAGUAAUUUCUGUCCCUCCUUCCAUACAUUUUGUCUGAAGAUUAAUGGAGAUGAACGACUCUGAGUUAUUUCCUUCGCCUAUUUUCGAAAAUGCUGGUGACAUUUGUGCCUAUAAUGAUUCAACCUUGAGAAAAUCCCCCAAUCAAUUUUCCUUAUCACGAAAUCCUCUUAAAAUUUCUGGUGUUGUGGAUUAUGAAACUCGAAAGCUUGAUUGCAAAUUUAUUGAACCUGGUCUUAAGAUUGGAAAAGCACAAAUAACCAGUAAAAAUAGCAUCCACACAUCUACAGAAAGGCAAAGGCGAAAAGACAUGAAAUCGCUUUAUUCUUCAUUGAGAUCUUUGCUGCCAGAGGAAUAUGUAAUGGGGAAACGUUCAAUAGCAGAUCAACUUUUAAGAACCGCUAACUACAUUAAACAUUUGCAGGAAAAAGUAAAGGAGGCUAAACAAGUGAGAGAUGAGACCUGCCAGAAAAAAAUGUGCCAGGAUCUUCCAGUUUCUGUCGCAUCACAGACUUUCCCGUCUAUUAAAAUAGAUUCCAGUGGUUCAUUUAUUGUUGUAUCAACAAUCAAUUGUCAGAUAGCGUUUUCUGAUCUUCUGUUUGCAAUGGAAAAUAAUGAUCUUCAUGUCGUUAGUGCUUCUUCUUGUGCCAUGAAUGACAAAUUCUUUCACACCGUCCAUGCCAAGGUUUCAGAUCUAAAUAAUUUUGACAAAAGAAUUCUCUAUCGCCAGAUCUCGAAUUUGAUGACGAAAAUUGAGAAAAAACCCUGAUGCUUUGGCCCCUGAAAGUUAAGGAAUAAUUAUAUAGAUCUGGUGUACACUCUUCCUUAUACUCUGCCAUUGUAUAAAUUUGCUAAGGGGGUUUCAUUAACAGGUAGACAUUUCAAAAAAGAUUUAGAUGCUAUUUUAUUCUAUGAAUCUAUAUCGAAAUAUUAAGGUAUGGUGCAUAUUAAGGUCCUCCUUUAGAUGAAAAAGAUGAAACUGUACCCUGUUCUUGCUGGAUCUGAUAAU